AUGACCCUGACGUCGACAUUCAACCAUUGCUUCUGUGGCUGCGGCCAUGGCUGCAUUCGCCGACGGCCGAUUACCAUCUUUUACACCUUUUGCUUAUUGAUACUAAUCUACAUAGUCUACCAGAUCAGUAACCAGUACCAAAACGAUGGAAUGUACAUAUACCAGCACUUGACUCUGGAUGUAAAGCCUAGCUGUCUGGCUACAGCUUCUGCUACCGAUGCACUGAUACAGCUGGGCACGGCGAAUUUGACGGAGAGCGCUUUUCUGUCGAGGAAGGAGGCGAAGGUUUUGCUGUUGGUCGAAUCGCAGUACUCGACGAUCGGAAACCAGGUGAAGACGGUUUUGAAUUAUGCUAAAAUCGCGUACAAGGUGCAGUUAGUGCGUAAGAACCUUCCGUCGUUGACCAACUUGAAGAAGGGCCGCUAUGCGGUGAUUAUCUUCGAAAACCUUUACAAGUAUUUGAAUCUGAACGAGUGGAAUCGACAGUUGCUGCACAAGUACUGCAAGGAGUUCCGCGUCGGUUUGGUGGCGUUCAUGCCGAGUCGUAUGGAGCAGCGCUACGAACGGGCUAAGGUACGCGGCCUUCCACUGUUCAUCUACCAGAAGCAGACGGUGCUGAACGUCACGUUGAAUGCUAACAGUUCUAUUCUGUACAUGACCGCUGCGUCAUCGCACACCACGACUACUGCCCCCAACGCAUCGAAACCGCACGACGACUGGGUCGGCUUUAUCCCGCACCACCCCAGCUUUGAGACGGUGCUCACCGGCCAUGGCUACUUUACAAAUUCUACUCACACUGUUUACAACUCGUACGCCGUCGUGCUGUUAGAUAGAGGUCUUUUGGACGGCGUUCGGAAACUGUUUUUUGGAAACGAUUUUGACGCGUUCUGGUUGUUGAAAAUGCUUUUCCUUGAUGGCCUGAAAUAUUUGUCAUAC